GGCGGAAGAGGCUCUUGGAACGGACCCGGAAGGAGCGGGUCCCAGGGGCGGGGCCAGGCGGCGGGAACCUCGUGGAGGCUGAGGGUCGUGGGAACCCAGGUGACAGCGGACGUCCCCACAAGCAGUCGGUGGAGGCAUUUCAGCUUCUUCCCGGGCUGGUUGCUCGCGUAGACGGGGUCGCCCGAGGACGCUCGGGAGUAUGUUCGGUGUGCAGAACCCCCCUCGCGUUCUCCUGACUGAAGACUUGCUUUAGGGAUGUGUGACAGAUUGCCUCACCUGUAACAUGGGGCUCACCAAGCAGUACCUACGCUAUGUCGCUAGCGCAGUCUUUGGCCUAAUUGGCAGCCAAAAAGGUAAUAUUGUCUUUGUGACACUUCGUGGUGAGAAAGGACGUUAUGUGGCAGCACCAGCCUGUGAACACGUUUUCAUCUGGGACUUACGGAAAGGAGAGAAGAUCCUUAUCCUUCAGGGCCUUAAACAAGAAGUCACUUACUUGUGCCCCUCUCCAGAUGGACUGCACUUAGCUGUUGGUUAUGAAGAUGGGUCAAUCCGAAUCUUUAGUCUGCUGAGUGGGGAAGGAAAUGUGACCUUCAAUGGCCACAAAGCAGCUAUCACUACCUUGAAGUAUGAUCAGCUGGGAGGAAGACUGGCUUCUGGCUCCAAGGAUACAGAUGUUAUUGUAUGGGAUGUGAUCAAUGAAAGCGGCCUCUACCGUUUAAAGGGGCACAAGGAUGCCAUUACACAAGCAUUGUUUCUUCGAAAAAAGAAUCUGCUAGUUACUAGUGGGAAAGAUACGAUGGUGAAGUGGUGGGACCUUGAUACCCAGCACUGUUUCAAAACAAUGAUUGGCCACCGAGCUGAGGUGUGGGGGCUGGUUCUGGUGUCAGAAGAAAAGCGACUCAUCACUGGGGCUUCAGACAGUGAGCUGAGGGCCUGGGACAUAGACUAUCUGCAAGAGAUUGAAGACCUGGAAGAACCAGAGCACAAAAAAAUCAGAGAGUCUUCUCCCAGAGUCCAGGACACACUUGGUGCAGAGGAUGGUGCUCCUGAGGUGGACGAGACUCCUGAGGAUCGCAUCCUUUCAUGCAAGAAAGCGGGCUCCAUAAUUCGGGAAGGAAGGGACAGAGUUGUAAACCUUGCAGUUGACAAGACAGGCAGGAUUCUUGCUUGCCACGGAACUGAUUCUGUGCUAGAAGUGUUUUGUAUUCUUUCCAAAGAGGAAGUUCAAAAGAAAAUGGAUAAGAAAAUGAAGAAAGCUAGGAAAAAAGCAAGAUUAAACUCUUGCAAAGGAGAGGAGGAGGACCUCGAAAUUAAUAUUGAAAUGACUCUGAAAGAUGAAAUCCAGCGAGUAGCUAAUAUCAAAACAUCUGCCAAAAUCAAAUCCUUUGACUUGAUCCAUUCGCCUCAAGGAGAGUUAAAGGCUGUCUUCCUGCUCCAAAACAACCUGGUGGAAUUAUAUUCACUCAGUGCAUCGUUGCCUGCUCCCCAGCCUGUCAGGACCGGCAGAAUCACCAUUGGGGGUCAUCGCAGUGAUGUGAGGACCUUGUCGUUCAGCUCAGACAAUAUUGCUGUUCUUUCAGCAGCAGCUGAUUCCAUUAAGAUAUGGAACAGGUCUACACUGCAGUGUAUUCGGACAAUGAGUUGUGAAUAUGCACUUUGUUCAUUCUUUGUGCCUGGUGACAGGCAGGUGAUCAUAGGAACAAAGACGGGGAAAUUACAGCUGUAUGACUUGGCUUCAGGGAAUCUGCUGGAGACAAUAGAAGCCCAUGAUGGAGCUCUGUGGUCCAUGUCUCUCUCGCCAGAUCAGCGUGGCUUUGUAACAGGUGGUGCAGAUAAAUCUGUCAAGUUCUGGGACUUUGAGUUGGUAAAAGAUGAAAACAGUACCCAGAAGAGACUUUCUGUAAAGCAAACUCGAACCUUACAACUAGAUGAAGAUGUUCUGUGUGUAAAUUACUCUCCCGAUCAAAAGCUGUUGGCUGUGUCUUUGCUGGACUGUACUGUGAAAAUUUUCUACAUUGACACCUUAAAGUUUUUUCUCUCACUGUAUGGACACAAACUGCCUGUUAUAUGCAUGGAUAUCUCUUACGAUGGAGCCCUGAUAGCGACUGGCUCUGCUGAUAGAAAUGUGAAAAUCUGGGGCCUGGACUUCGGAGACUGCCAUAAGUCUCUCUUUGCACAUGAUGACAGCGUGAUGUACCUACGGUUUGUCCCUAAGUCUCACCUCUUCUUCACUGCUGGGAAAGACCAUAAGAUUAAGCAGUGGGAUGCAGACAAAUUUGAACACAUACAAACUCUGGAGGGGCACCACCAAGAAAUAUGGUGUUUGGCUGUGAGCCCCAGCGGGGACUACGUUGUAUCCUCAUCUCAUGACAAAUCUCUAAGACUGUGGGAGAGAACAAGGGAGCCACUCAUUCUUGAGGAAGAAAGGGAGAUGCAAAGGGAAGCAGAAUACGAGGAGAGUGUGGCCAAAGAAGACCAACCAGCUGUUCCAGGGGAAACUCAAGGUGACAAUUACUUUACUGGAAAGAAAACUAUUGAAACAGUGAAAGCGGCUGAGAGGAUCAUGGAGGCCAUUGAGCUUUACCGAGAAGAAACUGCAAAAAUGAAAGAACACAAAGCCAUUUGUAAGGCUGCAGGGAAAGAGGUUCCUCUUCCCAUCAACCCCGUCCUGAUGGCUUAUGGCAAUAUUUCACCUUCAGCUUAUGUGUUAGAGAUUUUUAAAGGAAUCAAAUCAAGUGAACUGGAGGAGUCUCUGCUUGUGCUGCCUUUCUCUUACGUCCCAGACAUUCUUAAACUCUUCAAUGAGUUCAUUCAGCUGGGCUCUGACAUUGAGCUUAUAUGUAGAUGCCUCUUCUUCCUCCUUAGGAUUCAUUUCGGACAGAUCACUAGCAACCAAAUGCUUGUGCCAGUGAUAGAAAAAUUAAAGGAAACAACUAUCUUGAAAGUCAGACAAGUCCGGGAUGUUAUCGGCUUCAAUAUGGCAGGUCUUGAUUAUCUCAAGAGAGAAUGUGAGAUGAAAAGUGAAGUCAUGUUUUUCGCUGAUGCUACAAGCCAGUUGGAAGAGAAGAAGAGGAAGAGAAAAAAGAGGGAGAAGAUGAUUUUAACACUGACUUAGAACUGAAAUUUGGUGCCUUGUGCUACUUUUUCCUAAAAGAACUUCUAAAUUAAGCAGUAAUACAGUUGGGGUCACCUUAAAAACACCAGGUAACAGAAGACUUGGCUGCAGAAGAUCUCAGGAUGCACCUCCCAGCUUUGCCUGAGGAAAUUCCAGUGGGGCUGUGGCACCAUUUCUUGCUUUUGAAAGCAUAACUGUUUUAAAAAUCUUUUGAGCUCUCAAAGAUUUGACCUCCUUUUGAGACAAUCAGGUGCAUAAUUGAUUGUGCUCUGCCCAUAAAUGCCAUGUCAUGGGCCUUUGGAGCUGAAAAGGACCAUAAAAAUUAUCUAGAACACCUCCUUAAAACAUGGCCUCUUCCUGGUUAGUACAUCUGUAUAUAAGAUCUUAAUUCUCUUUAUAAUUUUCUGAAUAAAAUAGUUGCUCAUUAAAGAGUAAUCAAGCUAA